GCUGCGCGGGGAGACAGAUGGGUAGCCUAUUGGAGGACCAACAAAAUACUACAGAAUUGGAAAUCCCUGCAGGUCUGGACUUGCAGNUUGUUGGGCUGAGAACCUCUACACGGUGUACCUUCAGCACACCCUAACCCUAAGGGAGGAGCUCGAGUCACUCAAGACUUAUUGGCCAAUCAGAGUCUCUCGGCCAACCUGCAAAUCAAAAGGAAGGCGGGUUUUUCCGGGUGCAGUGGCUUCUGUUUCCCUUAGUUGCAGAGCAGACUAGAUAGGUCCCCUGUUCUGUGCUCUUCUCUCCUGAGGCGGAAUGCUUUGGAGGGUACUCAGGCAAGCUCCAAAGUUGCGACAUGGAUGCAUUGACCUAUGAUGAUGUGUAUGUGAACUUCACUCAAGAAGAAUGGACUUUGCUGAAUCCUUCACAGAAGAGUCUCUACAAAGAUGUGAUGUUGGAGAACUACACAAACCUCAUUGCUGUAGGCUACAAUUGGGAAGACCAAAAUAUUGAAGAACAUUGUCAAAGUUCCAGAAGACAUGGAAGACAUGAAAGAACACAUAGUGGAGAGAAAGCCUAUGAAUGUAAGCAAUGUAGUAAAUCCUUUGCUUCUCAUGGUCAACUUCGAAAACAUGAAAGAAUUCAUACUGGAGGGAAAUGUUACAAAUGUGAUCAAUGUUCUAAAGCCUUUGCAUACCCUGGUAAUCUUCAAAUGCAUAAAAGAAUGCAUACUGAACACAAACCCUAUGCAUGUAAUCAAUGUACUAAAUCCUUUGCUUCUCAUCGUCAACUUCGAAUACAUGAAAGAAUUCAUACUAAAGAGAAACCAUAUGAAUGUAAUCAAUGUAGUAAAACCUUUGGUUGUCAUGGUCAGCUUCGAAUACAUGAAAGAACACAUACUAGAGAGAAACCCUAUGAAUGUAAUCAAUGUAGUAAAUCCUUUGCUUCUCAUGGUCAACUUCGACUACAUGAAAGAAUUCAUACUGGAGAGAAACCUUACAAAUGUGAUCAGUGUGGCAAAGCCUUUUCACAUCACGGUAAUCUCAAAAUGCAUAAAAUAACAACACAUACUGAAGAGAAACCUUACAAAUGUGAUCAGUGUGGUAAAGGCUUUGCAUAUCAUGGAAGGUUCCAAGUACAUAUAAGAGCACAUACUGGAGAGAAGCCCUAUGAAUGUAAGCAAUGUGGCAAAGCCUUUGCAUGUCAAAGUUAUUACCAAGUACAUAAAAGAAUACAUACUGGAGAGAAACCCUAUGAAUGUAAGCAAUGUGGCAAAGCCUUUGCAUAUCAACAUUAUUACCAAAUACAUAAAAGAAUNCAUACUGGAGAGAAACCCUAUGAAUGUAAGCAAUGUGGCAAAGCCUUUGUACAUCACGGUCAUCUCAAAAUGCAUAAAAUAACAACACAUACUGAAGAGACACCUUACAAGUGUGAUCAGUGUGGUAAAGGCUUUGCAUAUCAUAGUAUCUUCCAAGAACAUAAAAGAACACAUAGUGGAGAGAAGCCCUAUGAAUGCAAGCAAUGUAGUAAAUCCUUUGCUUCUCGUGGUCAACUUCGAAAACAUGAAAGAAUUCAUACUGGAGAGAAACCUUACAAAUGUGAUCAAUGUGGCAAAGCCUUUGUACAACUCAGUCAUCUCAAAAUACAUAAAAUAACAACACAUACUGAAGAGACACCUUAUAAGUGUGAUCAAUGUGGUAAAGGCUUUGCAUAUCAUAGUAUGUUCCAAGUACAUAAAAGAUCACAUACUGGAGAGAAGCCCUAUGAAUGUAAGCAAUGUGGCAAAGGCUUUGCAUGUCAAAAUUAUUACCAAGUACAUAAAAGAAUACAUACUGGAGAGAAACCCUAUGAAUGUACAGAAUGUAGUAAAUCCUUUGUUCGUCAUGCUUCACUUCAAAGACAUGAAAGAAUUCAUACUGGAGAGAAAAGUUAUUAAUGUAGACAAUGUAGUAAAGCCUAUUCACAAUCAACUUGCCUAAAACUACAUAAAAGAAGACAUACUAAAGAGUAACCCUAUGAAUAUAACUAAUGUGGUAAAACCUUUCUAGUGAUAUUGAUAGGUGUGGUGGUUUAAAUAUACUUGGCCUGUGGCAAGUGGCUGUAUUAGGAAGUAUGGCCUUUUGCAGUAGAUGUGGCAUUUGAGAAAGUCUGUCACUGUGGGCUUGGAUUCUGAGAUCCUAUGCUUAAGCUCCACCCAGGGCAGAAGUGUCUUCUGGCUGCCUUUUGAUCAAGUUGUCAAAUUCUCCUUUCUUCCAGCACCAUGUCUGCUUGGACACUGCUGUUCUUUUUGCCUUGAUGAUAAUAGACUGAACCUUUGA